CGACACACUACACGUCUUACAGUAGUACACUUAAGCAACGCUGGGCCAAAAGUUGUGGCUGUGGCAGCAAGGAAGGAACUUAUGCGACUGAAGCGCUUAAUGAGACACUAGUGUUAGUGAGCAGCGUCAAGUGUUGGCAGGUUGCCUGUGAUGGCAGGUUGCCAGUGUUGGCAGGUUGCCUGUGAUGGCAGGUUGCCAGUGUUGGCAGGUUGCCGCCAGUGUUGGCAGGUUGCCAGUGAUGGAAGAGGUGUUGCCAUGGUAGACUGUCAGCUUCAUGUUAUCAUCCUGGGGUCCGAGCGGGUCGAGGCCAGUGUGUGUGAGAGCGUCGUGGUCCUCUUGAUUGCUCUCCCUCUCAUUCCUCCACGCUUGUGUUAAUACGGUGGGUGCACACGCUCCCUCACUCCUCCACCACGCUGGCACCUUCCCCUUCACAUUGCCCUUGGCUGAGGACCACGGCGCACACGCUGAAGAUUCUGGACGUUAGCAGGUCCUGGACGUUAGCAGGUCUUGGACGUUAGCAGGUCUUGGACGUUAGCAGGUCUUGAACGUUAGCAGGUCCUGGACGUUAGCAGGUCCUGGACGUUAGCAGGUCCUGGACGUUAGCAGAAGUCCCUGGACGUAAGCAGAAUGCCCUGGGCGUAAGCAGAAGGUCCCGGAGGUACGCAGAAUGUCCUGGACGUAAGCAGAAUGUCCCGGACGUACGCAGAAGGUCCCGGACGUACGCAGAAGAUCCUGGGCGUAAGCACAUAGUCCUGGACGUAAGCACAAGGUCCUGGACGUAAGCACAAGGUCCUGGACUUAAGCACAAGGUCCUGGACCUAAGCACAAGGUCCUGGACGUAAGCAGAAGGUCCCGGACGUAAGCAGAAUGUCCUGGACGUAAGCAGAAUGUCCUGGACGUAAGCAGAAUGUCCUGGACGUAAGCAGAAAGUCCUGGACGUAACAGCAGUAGCUUAAGUCAUGCUCACAAGAUAGUGUCUGCAACUUCCACACUGCCAAAUGCUCCCAAACACAUAGUGGAGAGGAAGUGCCACCGUGCCAUCCACAGCAGCCCCACAGCACACUGACACAGCAGGCCCACAGCACCCUGACACAGCAGGCCCACAGCACCCUGACACAGCAGGCCCACAGCACCCUGACACAGCAGGCCCACAGCACACUGACACAGCAGGCCCACAACACUGACACAGCAGGCCCACAGCACACUGACACAGCAGGCCCACAGCACCCUGACACAGCAGGCCCACAACACUGACACAGCAGGCCCACAACACACUGACACAGCAGACCCACAGCACCUUGACACAGCAGGCUCACAACACACUGACUCAGCAGACCCACAGCACCCUGACACAGCAGGCCCACAGCACCCUGACACAGCAGGCCCACAACACUGACACAGCAGGCCCACAACACUGACACAGCAGGCCCACAGCACCCUGACACAGCAGGCCCACAACACUGACACAGCAGACCCACAACACUGACACAGCAGGUCCACAACACUGACACAGCAGGCCCACAACACUGACACAGCAGACCCACAACACUGACACAGCAGGCCCACAGCACCCUGACACAGCAGGCCCACAGCACCCUGACACAGCAGGCCCACAGCACCUUGACACAGCAGGCCCACAGCACCCUGACACAGCAGGCCCACAGCACACUGACACAGCAGACCCACAACACUGACACAGCAGGCCCACAGCACCCUGAUACAGCAGGCCCACAACACUGACACAGCAGGCCCACAACACUGACACAGCAGACCCACAACACUGACACAGCAGGCCCACAACACUGACACAGCAGGCCCACAGCACCCUGACACAGCAGGCCCACAGCACCCUGACACAGCAGGCCCACAGCACCUUGACACAGCAGGCCCACAGCACCCUGACACAGCAGGCCCACAGCACACUGACACAGCAGACCCACAACACUGACACAGCAGGCCCACAGCACACUGACACAGCAGGCCCACAACACUGACACAGCAGACCCACAACACUGACACAGCAGGCCCACAGCACCCUGACACAGCAGGCCCACAGCACACUGACACAGCAGGCCCACAGCCCUCACAACAUGAGUGUUGACCGCCACUCAGGAAUGAGAGUGCGUGAGUGGCGACCAUGGGUGCGCUAUGGACCGGUGGAGAGUGACGCACGAACUCGCACGCGCGCCCAGGAAGCCUCGAACCAUUCCCACGAUGCUGGUCAACCGGAAGCCCAAGACCUGACCCGGGCUGACUGUGGCCAGCGGCCGGCCAGCGUCCCCGACGGUGGCUGGGGCUGGCUGGUGGUGGCUGGCAGCUUCCUCAUUAUGAUGUUGGUGCCGCUGCUGGGUCCCUGCUUCGGGGUGCUGUUCUCCCGCUUCCUGCUGCAGGAGGGCAGCUCCUCCACCACCACCGCCUGGAUCUUCAACGUCCAGUGCUUCGUCUGGAACAUGAUGGGCCUCGUCGUCAGGCCGCUGGCCAAGGAGUUCGGGUGGAGGAACAUCGCCAUCAAGGGCGUCCUCCUCACAUCCGUCUCAGUCAUCAUGUCAGCCUUCACGCCCUCAGCGGAGUUCCUCUUCUUCUCCUUCUCCCUGCUGAGUGGUGUGGGCGGGGGCGUGGUUGUGUGCAUGUGCUUCAUCAUAGUCCCUAUGUACUUUGACCGCCGGCGAGGGCUGGCCAACGCUGUCAUGAUGGCUGGGGUGUGCACGGGGCAGAUCGUGGGUCCGCCCUUCGUCCGUCUCCUGCAGGACGUGUACACCUUCAAGGGCGCCACUCUCAUCCUCGGUGCUCUCAUGCUCAAUGCUCUCGUCGGUGCAGCAUUUUUCCACCCGGUAGAGUGGCACAUGAGGCCGGCGUGUGACGGUACUGGUGAGUGGCUGAGUGGUGGAACAAGUCUUACAUUACCAGAAGUCAUUGUUAAAAAGAAGGAAGUUAUAGACACAGCAGGGAAGGGCUCUUGCCAGUCACCGUGCAGUGAGAGAGGUGUGGAGGCACCACCAGUGGACGCCAAGGUGAGAGAGGGGAUUGAAGCACCACCAGUGGAAGCCACAGCCCUCUCACUCCCCUCGCUCAAUAAAACUGGCAUCACUACCGCACUCCAGAACCGAUCACAGAUGACUAGUGUGGAUCACGAGGAAGGGAAGCAGCGGACAGGCUUGGGGGAGCUGGCACUGCGUGUAGCCCACAACAUCCUAAGUGAUUUGAGAAUAUUCCGUUCACCGCGAGCGGUGAUUAUUUCCCUCGGGUGUACAUUCUUCAUCAAUGGCUACUAUAACUUUAUAAUGAUGGUUCCCUUCGCAAUGCUAAGAGCCGGCCACACGCUGGAGGAUGCGGCCUGGUGCAUAUCAGUGUCAGCGGGCUGUAAUCUCUUGUGCAGGAUACUGAUGUCUGCGCUCUCAGACUCCCCAAGGUUCAACAUGAGGGCUGCCUACAUGGCCGGCCUCGCUGCUACUGCUGCCGCUAUUUUCACGUUCCCACUGCUGACGGAGCUGCGGUGGCUCAUGGUGACGAUGGCGGUGUGGGGGUGCGGUGUGGGCACCACCAUGGGCCUCUACAACCUCGUCAUGGUCACUAUUAUGGGCCUGGACAACCUGGCUCCAGUGUUCGGUGCCUCCUGCCUUGCUGUUGGCGUCGGCUUCCUCUUCCUCGGACCACUCAUAGGUGUGGUGCGGGACGCCACCGGCAGCUACACCGUCAGCAUGUGGGUGCUGGCCGCAGCUGUCCUCACCAGCUUCAUACUGUGGCUCUUCAUGCCCGCUGCCCAGGCCUACGACCAGCGCAGGGCGGCGCACCAAGCUCAACACGAAGGUUUUCUUAACACUUGACCAGUACAAGUGUGUCUGUGGGUCUCCCAGCCAGCCUCCUGCCUUCUUCACAUUGCUUCUAAUUAUUUGUUUUAGGAGCUGAAAUAUGACUGAUGUAGGAGUAAGUAUUAUAAGGUAAACCCGGAAGUGCCCGGGUUUACAGAUAGUGUCUCUUUCUGUCUCUUUCUCUCUUUUGCUCUUCCUCCCUCUCACUCUCUCUCU